AUGGCGCAGAAACCCGUUGAAUCGCCCUCUCCCGCGGGGCCAACUCGGCCAAAGUUGACCGGCCGGGAAUUCUACAAGAGCAUUGGAAGCCCUAAACUUAUCGUUGCACCUAUGGUAGAUCGUUCUGAGUUUGCAUGGCGGAUGCUCACUCGGUCCUUCAUGAAACAAGACGAGCCUAACCCUGUCCUCGCAUAUUCACCCAUGUUUCAUGCUCGAUUGUUUCAGACGGAUAAAAACGUUCGCGCUCAACACUUUCAGCCAAUACGAUCGACGGACGAGAACACUGAGGAGCUAUUUCUCGACGGCAACCCGGCCAUCGAUCGGCCGCUCUUUGUACAGUUUUGCUCAAACGACCCAGAUGACUUUAUAGAAGCUGCGCGCCAUGUGGCUCCGUAUUGCGAUGCUGUUGACCUCAACCUUGGGUGUCCGCAGGGAAUUGCGAGAAGGGGAAACUACGGCGCAUUUCUGCAGGAGAAUUGGGAUCUGAUCUACAAAUUGAUCAAUAGGCUGCACACAGAACUUUCCAUUCCCGUCACCGCCAAAUUUCGUAUACAGGAAACAAAGGAAAAGACUCUGGAAUACGCAAAGAUGAUUUUAUCGGCCGGUGCUAGUAUAAUCACCGUUCACGGUAGACAGAGAGAGCAAAAGGGCCACAACACUGGUGUCGCAGACUGGAGCUACAUCAAAUAUCUGAGAGACAACCUCCCGCCCGAGACUGUCAUAUUCGCCAAUGGCAACGUUUUGAACCACGGAGAUAUUGAACCCUGUUUAGAAGCCACCGGCGCAGAUGGUAUCAUGAGCGCAGAAGGCAACCUCUCAGACCCUACCGUUUUCAGUGAAGCGCCUCCAAUCGGCAGCGAAGGACGAGAAUACUGGCGUGGCCGCAACGGGAAGGGCGGAUAUCGCAUGGAUGCAGUAUUCCGUCGAUACUUGGACAUCAUCCACAAAUAUGUCCUGCGUGAACCCGUGCCUGAACGAAAGCCACUUUUUCUUCCAUCUGACCCUGUGGAAGAGCAUGCUGAGAUCUCGGAAGCAACAGAAGAACAACAGAAGGAUCUAGAAAAAGAAGACCAGGAAGACGAGCCACCUAGGAAAAAGCAAAAACGCGCUCAAACUAAAAGCAGAAAGAAAAAGGUUCAUGAACCAAAUUUGAUUGCCAUGCAAGGCCAUUUGUUCCAGCUUCUUCGUUCCAUGGUUUCGAAACAGACGCAUAUUCGGGAUGCUCUAGCCCAAACAGUUUCAGGCGAUAUCGCUGGUUUCGAGAAAGUUCUGAGUAUGGUUGAAAAGGCGGUUAAAGAAGGUAUACAGGAAUAUGAGGAAAAUCCAGAGAAAUUCGAUGAUCAGUACAAAGAUCAGAAACUAGAGGGGUCCAAGGCUGUGAUUGCAGAGUAUGGACGGCCAUGGUGGAUUUGCCAGCCGCAUAUUCGGCCCUUGCCGGAAGAAGCUAUCGCAAACGGUGCCUUGAAGCCUAGCAAGAAAGCUCAGAACAAGAGUGAGCAGCAAGAAAACGGGGACGAAAAGAAUGCUUCGGCUGAAGCUGCAAAGGUGGUAGCUGCCACUGAAAAAAUGGUUGACUCUAAAGUGGAGCCAUUGGUGCAGGGAUGA